AUGCUUGAGGACCUCGGUCGCGUGUCGGAGUACGCGUGGGGUGCGAUUGCGCUGGCUUCGUUGUACGAACAGCUGAGUCGUGCAUCCCGCAGGAAGACAGCGCAGAUCGGUGGGUUCACCUCCCUCGUGCUGUCAUGGGCGUAUGAGUACAUAUCCAGCAGCGUCAUUAUCAGGACGGAGGUCCCCGGCUACACACAGGACCAGCCUAGGGCGCAGCGGUGGUCCACGUCUCGGAUCGCGCAUUCCGGACUCGAUGAGAGACGAGUCAUGCUCGAUGAGCUUACAGUGGAUGAUAUCACAUGGACCCCUUUUGAGGACCAUCGAGAUGUUCGACCGCGGGAUCCCAGGGCCCUCUAUUCCGGCUACAUCCGGACACCUUACGGCCGGUCUGUGAGCCGACAUCUACCAGAGCGGGUUAUGCGCCAGUUUGGCUUCAUACAGGACAUCCCUCGACACCCCUCUGAGAUCCAGACGACGGGGUCCCUUGCUGAGACCACAGAUGCUGCCUAUGCUGAGUUUGAGCCGCACCUCCGCCCUCAGGGGAUACCUGCUACAUAUCCGGGAGAGGCGGUGGAGGGUUACAUGAGGUGGUAUAGCAGAGUGUCACAUGUGUUCAUCAUCCCUGAGGAUAGGAGGGAGGAGCUUAGUGUCGUGUCUGCCAUACGUAGGGGUGUGGAGUUGUUGGAGCAGUCCCUGGAGGUGCCAGGUGCUCUUGCUCCAGGGACACAGCCCCGGAUCCUCACGGAGAGGGCGCUCGAUCUCUUUUGA